GUGUAUCUUUUAACUAUGUGGUGUUUGAUUUUUAUAUUGGCUGCGCUUCAUUCAGCGUCAACGGCUCCUUUUAAUACCAUAACGCUAGAGAUGGACAUUAUAAAGGAGAUGGCCGAGGCAAUUGCGGAUAUCCUUUACAAGCAGAUCGAUCUGUUUGAACGAGUCAUAGAAGAUGCAGAACUCUUGCUACCCGCCGAUACUACAUCACAAUUUCUUAACGAAAUCGAAAUAUUUCUGGACACAGCUCAUCAUAUUCUCAAGGCAAUUGAGAAUUCCGAAGAAUUGGAUAGCAUUGAAGAUACAAUAGAGGAACUAUUCGAUUUCCUAGACUUGGAUGACUCAAAUGAAGCGGAUAAACUAAUUGAUCGUCUACUAGAGCAAUACGGCCUUAUUGAAUUUGAACAAUAUCAGGAGGAAAGACUAUCAAGAGCCUUUCACCGCAUCGAGCAACAUGUUGAGAUCUAUCUCGAUCGUUUAACUGAUGAGAAAUUGAAACGACAUUCCGAUGUUUUGGAAUGGUUUUUGAAUUUCCAAAAUGAGAAAGAUAUCGAAAAGAAAUUAUCAAUAGCAAUGGAUGUAGACUUUAAUUGACAUAAUAUAGAUUUUAAUUAAAAGUGUAUUUAACGAAACAGUAUAAAUUCAAAAUUCAAUGGAAUCAGAUGUUAAUCAUAAAGUUUCAUUUUUUGUUUUCCGUGUUGAUUAUUCCAGAAGGUUAUCAAAUCGAAUGCAAAUAAAAGUGUUAUACUAAUUAGGCGCA